AGCCGGACCCUUCGCCCCAGGCUCUGAGGGCGCCGAGGCUUCGACCCUUCCUGAGAACUGGUUUCUACGAGGAACUGUGACAUCCAGGGAAGAGAAGGAGACUCGCCCUUCAAAAGUGUGGGUGGGAGGGCAAGUGGGAGUGCUGCUUCAAGUUUGCCAAUUUUUUAGUUCAUAUUUUUGAAUGACAGAAAACCUGGGAAAGUUUGCAUCGUUUAAAGGGCUGGAGCCGGGAGCGCGAAGUUCCUGUGCUGCGGAGCUAUUUGUGUUUUAACAUUGCCACACUCAAGCACGUUUUGGUGAUGCAGCGCUUGAGCUACUUUGGCAGGUUCAGUCAAUGACAAAAUACCGUGACAAAAUAGAGAUCCUGUUAACCGAUUCCCCGUCUCAAGAUGACAAAUCUUAGCUGGAAUUUUCUCCUUACAUGGUGUCAAGAAAUCAUAAAAGGAAUUCAUGGAAAAUAAAAGAGAACACAGCGCUACUUUAGGGAUUCAGGCUCAAUGAAUCUUUUUAAUGGACUUUUGACGUUUACUCUUCAGUUCUUUUUCUUAAUCUUUUUGUUAUUUAGCUAUGUGAAUAUUCAAGUGAAAGCAUUUGAUUUGGUGCAUUGCAAUCAUUUCAGGCAAAGUGAACAGAGUAUCUGCCAUUCCAUCAGGCACCUAUGCAAGGAAAUCGGACUAUAAUAAUUAAUCAUGGCUUAUGGCUUGUCAAGAAAGAACACAGUGAAAACUCUUUUGGGGGGCGGUUGUUUUAAUGUACAGGAACCUUGGGAUCUUGCACUGCUUACGAAGACCUGGUAUGAGAACCUAGCCAACAUCAGGUUGCCUUUCUUAGAAGAAAUUGCUUUUGGUAGUCCUAUAAAGCUCACAGAAUGUAACACUUUUAAGAAUGGUCUGCUCCCCUCAGCGGAAACCAUCAAAAUUGAAAGGAAGCAUGAAAUGAAGCGCCUAGAAAACCUCAUAUGUCAGAAAAACGUAGCUGAGGAAAUUCAGUUUUCCCUAAGGGACAGGCCAGUUGGUUUGAGAAGACCUCUUCCACCUAAAUGA